AUGGAGGGGGCUUACAAUGAAAAAUAUUCAUUUAUUGGCGAGUGGUACGACAAUCAAGCAAGUCUUAUUCGUCGAUUUAAUGUAUUCUACUACCCCACGGAUGGGACUCUAGAAAUGUUUGAUCUGAAAACCCGGAAAACUUUUGUAAGACGAGUUAAAGUGGACGGAAUUACUAUAGAAAGUUUCUACAUUGGCUGCACUUUGUACAUUUUAGGUCGCCUCAUUAAAAUUGUGGAUUUUGCCUGUGAUUUUACUAGGAAAAAAGUAAAUAAAAAUAUGCAAUUAACAUUUGGUAUGAUCAAGCCAGUACCUGCUGAUGUAGCUGGAAAAAUAUUGACUCACCUACAUAACAGUGGAAUACGUGUUACAAAGAUGAAGAAGGCCUGUCUUACUGCUGAGGAUGUUAGUGUACUAUACCAAUCAGAAUCUUCCUUCCCAACAUUUCCAUUUUUGCUAGACUUUCUGACUGGUCAAUUUGUUUAUGGCAUGGAGCUGGUAGGUAAAGAUAUAAUAGAAACGUUGAAGAACGUAAUUGGUGAUAGAGAUCCUGCUAAAGCAGAACCUGGCACAAUAAGAGCGUUGUAUGGUAUUGACAACAUCAAAAAUUGCAUUCAUACGUCAGCGAGCGAAGAAGAAGGAUUACAUGACAAUGAGUACUUCUUCCCUCCUCCAGCUUUACGGACGUCGCGACUCCGACUGACUGCCACUUUAUCAAACUGCACUUUAUGUAUAGUGAAACCUCAUGCGAUACGUGAGGGUAAAUUAGGAACGGUGUUUGAAUUAAUAGAUGAAGGGGGCUUUGAAAUCACUGCACUCAACAUGAUCAUCGUCGAAAACAUAAAUGCAGCAGAAUUCUACGAAGUUUAUAAGGGCAUUGUGCCUGAAUAUAAGGGAAUGGUAGAAGAGCUCUCAAGUGGUAGUUGUGUGGCUAUGGAAAUUGUAGCUAAAGAUAAAACCUUAAACAGUGCUGUGGAAUUUAGGAAACUUGUCGGUCCCGCAGAUCCUGAAAUAGCGAGAUUAUUACGGCCGCACACUAUGAGAGCGAAACUUGGAACUAACAAAAUUAGAAAUGCAAUCCAUUGCAGCGAUCUACCGGAAGAUGGACUACUAGAAGUAGAAUAUUUCUUCAAGAUCUUAGAUUUAUAA